GAGAGCUGGUGGACAGUUUGGUGGAGAGCUGGUGGAGAGUUUGGUGGAGCGUUUGGUGGAGCGUUUGGUGGAGAGCUGGUGGAGAGUUUGUGGAGCUGCGGUGUCGCAGGUAAUGAUAUUUUACUGCGAAUGGCUCUCGUAGAAGCAUUUACUCUUUUAUUAUCUUGCCAUUUUCUGCUGGCUCGUUUGUCCAAUGGAGAAUUACUGGAGAUGAAUGAGGUCACAGUAGGAGGAACUUUCAGACGGAGCUCGAGCUUAGAGCAGCACAUUCAGACAUGGAGACACAUUCAGGCCUCAGUGAAAAGGCAGGCCUAUCUGAACUCUCACUCCAUGGACUUUCAGCUACCAGCCAAAUAUGGACUCAACCAGUUCUCCCACCUCUCACCAGGACAGUUCAGAGAUAUUUAUCUCCAAGCUUGGCCUGAGAUUGCUCCCAAAUACAACAUGACCAAUCAUGACCGCCCUAGAUCUGAGCACUACCUUCCGCGGUUUGACUGGAGAGAGCAUGGAGCUGUCGGCCCAGUUCAGAACCAGCAGUCGUGUGGGGGAUGCUGGGCCUUCAGCGUGGUGGCGGCGAUCGAGGCGGUCCGUGUGAAAGACGGAGGAAUGCUGCAGGAUCUGAGUGUUCAGCAGGUUAUAGACUGUGAUUACAAAAGCCAGGGCUGUAACGGAGGGUCCACAAUCUCCGCUCUGGAGUGGCUCAAACAGACUAAAGAGAAGGUGGUGAAUGAGACAGAUUAUCCAUAUAAAGCUGAGACGGGACUGUGCCGGGUUUUCCCUCAGCUCUACGGCGGAGUCUCGGUGAAGGACUAUACUGCGUUUGACUUCAGUGGACAGGAGAAGCUGAUGAAGGAGCGUUUGGUGGACUGGGGGCCUUUGGUGGUUAUUGUGGAUGCUACCAGCUGGCAGGAUUACCUCGGAGGAGUCAUUCAACACCACUGCUCCAGUCGCCAUGCCAACCAUGCUGUACUGAUUGUCGGCUACGAUACCACAGGCGAAGUGCCAUUCUGGAUCAUUCGUAACUCCUGGGGUACGUCCUGGGGUGAUGGGGGCUAUGCUUACGUCAAAAUGUGGGACAACAUGUGUGGAAUAGCUGAUACCGUAGCUGCUGUAUUUCUAUGAGUCGUGUCCAUCGAGUCGUCCACUUCAGAGCCGAUCAUCAGGAAACAAGACAUAGUUUAGAUGUCCAAAAGGAAACAAUGAACUGCUUAAAGUUUACAUAACUAUCUUUUUAUUACAAUUUAUUGAAAAAAGGGAAUCAUUUUCUUGUAUUUUUUACAAUCACUUGUUUUGUUAUCAUUUUUAGCGAUUUCAUAUGUACAUAAUCAGAGCAUUCCUGUAGAAACCAAUUUCCAGGCUGUUCUCCGGAGUUUAAUUGUAUUUGUCUAAGUAAAUCACCAUCUGCUGAAACUAAA